UAAAGUAUUAAGGGUACACCCUCUGGAAAACAAGAAUUUAUCCAUCCAGAAGACGUCCAGUAGAUGAGGGGCGACAGUGGUUUCAGGGAGUAGAGCCGCCAUCCACUUAUCAAAAGUCACAAAACCUGCGGUGGCAAUCGAAAUAUACACAGAGUCUGAAGUGAUGAUGCAGAACGGCACCGCAGGAGCCCUUCGAUGCACCUUUAAGUCCAAUGAAGUUGUCAGCAGCUCCACCUCAGUGACCUGGAGUUUUCAGUCGAGUCAUCCCGACAAUCGGUUCUACACAGCUCCGUACGUGAUUUUCUACUUUUAUAAUGGGAAAGAAUUCCCGGGACCAGACGAGUUCAAAGAUAGGGUGCAGUUUAUUGGAGACAUAAACAAGAGGGACGUGUCGAUACAGCUGAAUCCAGCUCAGUUCAGCGACAAUGGUACCUUCUUCUGCGACGUGAAGAACCCACCAGACGUGAUGGGAACGCCGGCUCGAAUAGAGCUCAGGGUCGUUCUGAAAGAAUCUUUUCCGCAGAGCAACACCGCCGUUAUAGUCGGAGCAGUUUGUGGUGCUUUAUUUCUGCUCGUCCUCAUCGCAGUAGCUGCCUGCAUUGUCAUGAGGGUGCUUCACAACCGCCAUGAUUAUGAAGGAUGUACGUCCUUGGAAAGUGUGAGUUCUCAGGCUCCAAAGCCACGAAAGAAGGUGGAGUCCAGCCUGGAGGGCUCCAGGUCUACGAGUCCCUCAGGUCCACUACAGGGCCCGGUGAUAUACGCCCAGUUGGAUCACUCGGGCAGCAAAAACUCAUUCCAUAAGAUGGAGCCAGUGGUCUACGCUGACAUUCGGAAAAACUGAAGAGGAACUGGGGACCAAAAAAAUUAAAUGAAACACAGUAAAGUAUCAGCUGCUCUUGGGUAGGGUGGGAGUAUUUCAACAGGGACAUAAAUUGGUGCAGUUUCUUUCUUUUUUCUUCAUCUUUUGUCCUCUGAAAGCAUGAUGCUGAUAAAGUGACGACUCCGUGUGCUUUAAGCAAAGAAACCCUCUAAGUGGACACAUUAAACUACAUUACACACCAUCACAUCAGCCUUGAAAUUCAUCAACAUAAAAGUCACGUUGCCUUCGUAGAUAUCAUUCCACGUGUACAUUUUUUUUUUUUUUUUUUAUUUUAAUUAUCAUAGCUUUGUGCCUACAUUAGGUUCUGCAGGCUGUUGCACCAGCUGAACACGGUAACUUCGAAUUAACUCUUAACUGCUACAAUCGUAACCUUCCUUUCACACCAAACCCGCCAGUUAGUUAAAAUAUAAAUAUCUUAGGUUGUGAUGAUGCAACUGAACUUAGUCAACACUAAUCAAAACAUUGUUGUAGAAAUAAACGUUACUAACUAGGGAUGGCUUGAGAGAGAUUUACAAAAACUAUGUGUCCUAUCACGUGAAGUACUUAUUGUAUUACAAGACAUGUUCGUCCAACUACUUAUCGAUUACUGCUUAUGUACGUUUUUACAGAAGUAAAGGUGGCUGUACAUCAAGCAAGUAUGGUCAUAAACUACACUAGUAACAAACAACACUAUAUAACACAAUAGUUGUGGCCAUUGGCAAUUCUCAUCUCCUGUGAAUGCAGCAUAAAAUAUCUCUUGAGUCCUUGUGUAAUUCAAGUGAUGCUAGCUGCACAAUGCAGAGUGUGUAAAUCCGUAUCAACAUAAAUAUAAAGGGAUGUAUUCUGUCACAAUGUGCUAAAAAUCUCUCUUUCUAACUGUUUUACUAAAGCUGUAUGAUUUAUUAAUCUUGUUUGUUGUAUUAAGUCACCUUUUAGUGUUUUAAUUGGCCUUCUGGCGCAGCAGAAAAUGUACAACUUCUACUCUCACACUCCUUCAAUCAUCCGUUGAUGACUUGGGUACACACACUAAACGUAAACAUGAUGGGUUUUGUCUAUUUUUUUUUUCAAUAAUGUUGAUUUUAAAAAAGGGAAAGUGUUAUUUUGUGCAAUUCUACAUUUGAAAGGAAGGAAAGCAAAAUGAAUAUAGACAAGAAAAUUGCUGGGAAGAAAUCUGUUUUGUAGCAAAAUUUACUUACAGUCAUCCACAACAUGUUAAAUACUACUCACAGUAAUGUUGAAACCAGCUCACUACCGUAUACAACAUAGCAAAGCAAAAUAUCAGACAUGCCAGAAAUCCAGCCAAUCGUCCGACGGCAUUUAAACAGGUGUUGUGACCUCUCAAACUGAACUGAGCCUCUUUGUGAACUGAAGUGAGUCAGUGUUGAUUGGGGCUAAAUAAUACAAAUGAAAAUGACAAAAAUCUGUGAGGUGUGGAGUUACAAAGACGUGAGAUCACCACACCUCUGUAACCCAAUCCUCAUCUCUGCUUGAGGCCAGCAGCUUUAGGCUACACUAGCUAGCCGCUAUCACCUGAACCUCAAACCGAACGGUUGUUGGCCGAAUUGUGUUUGUGGGUAAUGUAGGUGCCAGGUUUCGACGAGGAAGAUUUAAUAUUUUAUGUUGUGCAGCAGUAUUACUCUUAAUCUGUUCAAGUUAUUUCUUAGCUCUUUGUUGUAACUAAUUUUUAUGGUUCUAGAAAAAGUAACGUUCCAACAUGGCUACGAAUUCACACUUAGCUGGUGCAACAGGCUGCAGAAGUUCAUCUCCCCCGGUGGGCAGUUCCAUAGUGAUCUUGUUUUGUAGGGGCUUAUAAUGUAGAGUUAGAUUUUACAUUGCCUUCAGUAACUUUGCAUGCAGUCAUAAUGACAUCUAACUAAAUCUGGUACUCUUCAGCUAGUUAUAAAAACAGAAGAAGGUGUCUGACAUUGUAUUACUGUGAAUGCUUCAGUUUUCUGUAGAGCAUGUUGUUGUGGUACCUUUUUUAAAUCAACUGCCUCCCGUUUGAUUUUCACCUCAGUGGAACAAUGUCUUUAACCAGUUUUUGUUUCCUUACUACUGUAUUUAGUUUUUAAUUUAGGUUACUCUGUCUUGUUUUCUUUUUUUUUUUCUUUUUUUUAAAGUGCAUAUGAUCGCACGGGCAGUGUAACCCAGGGUGUCUUCUACAUCACACUUCCAGAGGUUGUUUUCUGAUUUUAUAUGUGUGAUUCAAAAGAAUAAAAAACGUUUGCUGCUUGUGGUAAUUAGCUGGGCAGUUAAAUAAGCGGGUUAAAACAGAAUGUUACACUGAGGUGAAAUAUCUCCUAUGAAAACUGGGGGCUGUCAAAUGCUAAAUACACUGUUUGCAUGCAAUUUACUAACAUAAGAAUCAUAAUUAUGAAAAUAUCCAUCCUUUUUUUCAUCUUAUCUAUCGUGUAAAAAUUUUUUUUUUACAAACUAAUGGGCCAAAUAUAUUAGAUAAGUUGUUUUCAGAUGCUUUUAAGCUUUAAAAUGCAUUCCAAAUUUGUAUGUUUUUCUUGUGUCUUGAAGCAUUUGAAACUCAAAUUUCUGUUUCACUUUUGUUUUGUUAACGGUUCGGUGACCUACGAGAAUGAUAUUUUUGUUGCAACCAGUCUAAACGCCUUCAGCUUCAGCUUGUGAUUCCGAAUGCAGUAAAUUUCCAUGUUGACCAGUACUUGUAUAUACUUCUUGCUCAUGUAAGAUAUAGUGCUGUUUACUGUAACUCAUUCCAGUGUGGUAUGGCAGUGGGUGUCUUUCCAGAGAAGGAAAGUAGUUUGCUGUAGAGGUCUAGAAAGUUGGUGGCAUGCUUAGUGUUUUCUCUCUUUAGUCUUACUUAUUUGUCACCGCACAACCAAGCGUACAGUAUACAGUGCCUGCAGGAAGUGUUGAGCCUGUUGAUUCAAAAUGGCUUGAAUUAAACAUUUUUUAGUCAAAAGUGUGCACAAAAAAAAACUCUAAUUAAUGUGACGUUUCUUGAGGUUUAAGGCCCUGUUUAUUUCAAUGCCACAUUCAUAUUAAACCCAAAAGAGCCAUUGUUUUAAUGAGAGAGAGAUCACAUGAUAUAAUUGUUAAACCUGGAAUCCAAAACUUGUUUAGGCCACUGAGGGGCAGCAGAAACAAGUUAAGAACGCAACAUCAACAUCGUCACAAGUGCAAACAAGUUGAAAUGUUGAACCUGUUAGCAAACAUUUGCUUAUUUACACACCCAGCAGUUAGGGAGCAACAUUAUCAUUAAUUUGGUGUCAUGUUUCUGUCCACCGGAUGAAUGUACGUCAAAUAUUCUUUACGCUGAGUUUUUCGUGUCAACCAACACCUGAGGGAAAUUUCUGGCUUUUUAGCUGCUCGGUGCUCCUCGAUGUUCACCAACUAGUCUUAAACUGUCAGUCUGCUGUUUUGUACUGAGAAGUUUGUGUACAGUGGGUUUUUAUCAGAGCCUUUUCUCUGAAAACAGCACUAUGAGAGUGAACCCAAACAGUUAAGUUCAGGCUGGACAGCUGAACAGUGAGCUGAAACUCACUACAAGUGACCCCUUUCACAUUAUUUUCAGUAUCAUUUCAUACAUUUUUAUUAUAAAAAAUAUAAUUUAUUACCGUUUUGAACACAUCCAAGAUGGAAAAGAUUAUGUUUACAAGUUAAUUUAGCAUAAACUAUUAUUAGCAAGUAUUGCUUCCUUGUCCUGAGUAGGGUUGAUUGUAUCAUUGUGAAUGUUUCAGCCUUAUUACGAGUUAUUUAUCACAGCAUGUACCUUACAUGACUAAAGGUCUGUAGCCAUGAUAGCGGUUACGCUCAUCAAAACCCUGACAAAUAAAACGAUCAACACAGAACAAUGGACAGAACAUGCUUCAGAAAUCACAAUCCCAAUAGAUGAGAAAAAUUUUAUCUUAUAAAGUUCUAAUGUUAGCAUUUAGCCCUAUUGGCCCACAGUUAGCAUGUUAACAUAUGUGAGUUACAUUUACAACAUUUAUUAUAUUAGCAUGCUAACAAUGAAAAAAAAUAUUUAGCCUAGUAGUUUGCCAACAUGCUAACAUUAGUAUGUUCACUUAUUAAAGAGUAAUUUGAUACCAGGAUAAAAAGCAAUGUGUUGUGGGGUGUGGUCACAAGGUACUGACACAUCACUGCUGCAAGGUGAGAAGCUAAACCAAUGGAGGACAGCAAACAAGCUUUUAAGCUGACAUAGUAGUAUGCUAACAUUGCAUAUCUUACCAUAAUAUGCUAGUAUUUAGUAUGUUAGCAAAUAUCUCAAAAUAUACAAAAAAAAUACAAGCUUGCUUAAAUUCAGGCAUUCGUUUUAGAGGAAAUUUAGCCUGAAGUCAGGAACCACCAAGUGAUCAGGAUACAUACCCUCGUCCUUUGGAGACUUUGAAUGUUUGUACCAAAUAUCAGGGCAGUUAAUCCAGAAUGUGAACUGACACGAGUGCACAAUAUCAACACAGUUUUCUCCUGUUAUUUUCAAUUGUACACUUCUGACUAAAAAUUGUAAUACAUUUCUUCUCUAUAGUUAUUUCAGUUGUUUUUCUUACUUUAAAGCUUAACUUUUGUAUUUUUCAACCUGGACUAUUUUCCCCAUAUUUUUGUGUCUAGGUGACUAAUUGGGCCCACAUUUUUAGAAAUUGGUCCAGUACUGAGUGUGCUGCGGUGAAACUAGGCUGCAACGUAAUCUUUGCGGGAAAUUGCGCCCCAUUAAAGUAUGUUCAUUCAUUCAAGUGCUUGUUUUCGCAACUGACAUGCUGAGAUUGUUAUUAAAAGUAUCCCACAACAUUAUGGAAAGGAUUCCUACAGAGAUGGACCUUUUUAUAAAAAAAAGUAAGAUAAUUUGUUGCUUAACCAGAAACAGUCGCCAUAUCAUUCUUAUCAAAGCCACCAGACUCCCAUGACAAAUCUACAGCUGCCUCGAUCAAUUAGUUUGCGUUAUUGUCUGACUUUGGUGUUUUUAAUCCUUUAAAACACCAAAUUCACACAACCACAUAAACAAACUAACCAACUGAGGCAGCGGUAGAUCAGCAACUCUCGUGUUCUGCAAUGUAAAAUUACUGUUUUUAUCAGUGGAGGCUGGUGGCUUUGACAAGAAUGAUAUAGUGACUGUUACUGUUUAAACAAAAAGGACCUUACUCUUUGAAUUAUAAGGUGUAGGUAGAAAAAUACAGAAGUUACCCUUUAACUUAUUUCAAACAGUCUGUGCAUGGGGCUAAAUACUUAUUUACUUUGAACAUAUUUUAGUUAAUGACUACCGUCUGACUGAAGAAAAUCUUAAUUCGGUCCAUUUUGACUUGACUGUGGCUGCUACAACACACACUGCAGGCGCUGUUGUCUUCCAGAUUUGUUUUAUCUUUCAUGUUCAAGUCUUUUCUGGUUUUUUUUGUUUUGUUUUUUUUUACUAGUUAGCAUGUAUUUUGAUGUAUUCACCAAAUCAAAAAGAAAACAACCUCUAUGAUACCGACCAACCUUUACUGCUGGUCGCUUUGCUCCUGAUUGUGACUUGUUGCAGUGUUUAGUGCUGUUGUAGAAAUUGUGAUGUAAACUAUAAAUUAUGAAAGAUUUCCAGUUUGACCAAGUUCACACGCAAUGUUGGGUGUGUUGGUGUUGAGUGAAUGCCGCUUGCAAUGUUCCCUCCACUCAAGACGAGUCUUAAAGUGCGUGUUUAGUGUGUUUUCGAUGGUAAAUAGUUGUGUGUUAUUUGAGAAUUGUUUGGUAUGUUCUGUUGUAAAAUCUGCACUAUGUCUUGCAUAUCAAAGACAACAAAUUCCCUGUGAUUUUUGUUUUUGGUUCAUCUCGGAAUGACCUUGGCCUCUGUUUAACUCUUUAAAACUGGAAUGUUGUACAUUUAGUGCCUUUUUACAUUUCAUCAGCUAACUUGAACAUCUGCUCCAAAUAGAAAAGAUAAGAUUCAUUUAUUUUCCUUUUUAUUGUAUGUAUUUUUUUAUACACAUAAUAUCGCCUCUGUAUCCACUGUUCAAAUUUUAUAUAAAACUUAUUCCCGGCCAAUUA